AUGUGGGACCAAGCAAAUAAAAGGUUCUCCUGGUUUGCUAAAGGGAUUGGAGCUAAAAGAAUUACAACUGCCAAAAAAUGUAUGUGUAUUUAUUUGUUUUAGUUUACAGAUUGUAGUUCAAAGUAGCGGUCUCAUACCACCGACCUUGGUUGAAGAGAGCAGUGUUCCUAAGUUUUAUCGGGAUGUUAUAGUUCAAUGUGGAGCGGAUACGACGAACAAGACGCCUGUCCACAAAGAGGUGAUGUCCGUUAUGUGGAGAACGGGUCUUCCUGAACCUGUUCUCCAAGCUAUUUGGGAAUCCGUCAGCCCGUCGAAUCCAGAACAACUAACUCGACAAGAGUUUUAUUCUUGUCUAGUGUUGAUCGCUCUUGCACAGGUACGUUUUCCUACUGUUUCUACUAGGCGCUCUAAAAAAUCCCGACAAUUUUCGCACCGUGCAUUCUUCUUUCAUUUUCAUCCGCACUUUUUCACAUUUGUCGCCGCAAUUUCCCGUUUUUGACCUAGCAACGUGCACUUUUGCGCGCGACAACCGGUUUGCAACCCCCAAACUUGCGGGCGCGACGUCAAAAACCCGAACUUUCGCACGGUGCGAAAAUUGUCGGGACUUUUGAGCGCUGGUGGUGCCACAAUGUUAAUAUUUAGCGGAAUCUGACGAUUGCGGACCUCAGCUUUAUGAAGACGUUACCCAUCCCCACGCUUUCUUCGAUUAAACCCAAGGAAUUGAAAUUGAAUUUCAAGAAAAACGAGAAUAAAUCUAAACCCAAUGGUCACCUUCUGAAAACAGUGCACCCUUUGUUUACGGAACAGAACGUUAAAGUAGAUGGAGAUCUUAUUAUGUUCGAUGGUCAGUCCACUUCUAAAAGUAGGUGAGCUUUCUUGGAAAUCGAAGGCUUUAGAUGUGGAUCUAGAGCUCUAUCCGUCGACGAAAUUAAAUCCAGAGGAUAUAUGCAUUUAUCACGUAAGUAUUCUUGUUUUGUCUAUUAUGUCUGUUUUGUUUUAAUUAUUUACUUAUAAUUUUUAGCAAAAGCUAGCCCCUCAUUGGGAGAGUGUUCUACUCGCUGCAUCAGAAGUUUUUUCUGCUGUAAAACAAACCAAUUCGGCUACGGUGGAGGUGUUUAAGACCGAGCAAGGCUUUCGUUUCGUACGAUCUCUCAACGAGAUCCAGCGGGUUCUUCGGAAUAUCCACAAGAACGCUACUUCCAUCCCCAAUGUAUCAUCUGACUUGGUAUCCAAGUGUGAGAUAUUAUUUGCGGUGUGGGCCAAUCUUCUCAACAUCUUAGAAGAAGAUAGCCUCAUGUUAGAUCUGGUGGAUGAGUUCGAGAAGACUGGCCAUAUGUGUAAUAUUUGUGGAGACUGGACAAAUGUAAAUAAUACGCAUUUCGAUAAGGACACAGAGCUGAGUUACCACAUUCCAUGUGCCAAUCUUUGGCUCAAUUUGGUGAAUUCAACUUUACCGAGACCUUGA